AUGCUACGAUGCCGUGCGAGUCGGCCGACUCAAGUAGCCCAAAUAGCCAAACAUCGUGUUACUAAUAUCCCUCAAGUUACGAGCAAGUAUCACAUCACCACAUUGACGGCCCCUAAAACAUGUGGUUUCACUGAAUCAGAAUUGAAACUAUCCCCCGACGGCAGCGAACCUGGCCGCAAUGGCCAAUCACCAACGCCAGAUGUUCUCCACGAUGAGAAGUAUAUGGGGCUGUCAGCCGAGAGUGGAAGCGCCAGAAUCGUGAAAUUCAGUCCCGCGUUUUCCGUCGGCAUUCGGCAUCACGGGCUAGCCGCCAACCGCGCUGCUUCCUCUUCUCCGGCGUCUUUCGACAACAGUAUAUGGAGUACGCCCAGGGCACCUCGGGGUUAUAAGAGGAGCUGCACCGUACUGUGGGGUUCGGAUAGCUUCGUCGUUGUUCGAGAUUUUGCCUUGGGAAAAAGGAUUUCAAUUUCCAUGCGGGGCGCACGACCAGCUUCACCUCGGUCCUAUUAUGUCUGGCGCGAUUAUCUCCAGCAGAUUGCAAAUCCUGCCAGCGAAACUUCCCUGUUCAGUGGGAAAGUUAUGGUUGAUGAGUCGCCACUCAUGCAGUAG